AUGUUUCAAAAUUCUAGACAAAAGAAACUUUCAUUAUCCGACGGUUCACCAUUUACAUUCUUAGGGAGGCAGGUCGACGAAAAGGCAAUUAUACUAAUUAAAAAUGCAGAAGAUAAGUUGAAGAAACGAUGUUCAUGUCAUUAUCCCGUCCCGCACGGUCUGAAGUGUGGAUGUCAGGUUAAGGUGGCUAGAGCAUCAGAUAUAGAGAUAUACCCUGAUAAGCUGCAUGUCUUUUGGCAAUCAUUGGAGUAUGAGAACCCACCCAAUGCUGAAGACUAUGGACCCGUAGAGAAAGCAGUGAAACAACACUUAUACGCUUUGGCCAAAGAGGUUGUACGCAUAGGGCCAGGGGCUACUAGCAAAGAAGCCACAAGCUUGUUUCGCGGCCUCCACCUACCGCAGGACACCAUUCACGCUGUAGACUAUGGACCCGUAGAGAAAGCAGUGCAACAACACUUAUUCGCUUUGGCCAAAGAGGUUGUACGCAUAGGGCCAGAGGCUACUAGCAAAGAAGCCACAAGGUUGUUUUGCGGCCUCCACCUACCGCAGGACACCAUUCACGAGUCGACAGUGAAUGAAAGAAGAAAAGGUAAGAUCGAAGAAAAAUUCAAUUGCGAAAGAAAUCUUAGUGGGAGAAGAAAACAUUGCGCAUGCUAA